UCAUCACAUAUGCAUUUAUACAUCACAGCCCUCUCCCACAAAGCUUCUUAUCUUCGUGUCGGAAGCCCAAUACUACCUACAUAAUAUGCAUCCUUGGGCAUUGUCAUUGAGAAAACCCUCAGCACAGAUUCGAGUUCUCGCGUCUCAAACUCUGUAUUCUCGCUCUAUUUUCACAAAAUCCAACGCCCCGGUGCUCGGAUCAUCGAGGAACGGUGAGAGGAGAUACUAUGAGAACGAGAGCAAGAACGGUCGUUCGUCGUGGUUUCUGGAAUCACUUUUGAGAUCAGUGUCUUAUGGGGUGGCGGUGGCUGGCUCGAGCUUAGGCCUUUAUUACUGCUCUUCAUUUUGUAGUCGAGAUUCAUGGGUGUCGUAUGCUGAUUCCGAGAGUACUCAAAGGGCGGAGCCCGACAAGAAAGAUACCUUUUUGUUUAAAGAUGCAUACAGGAGAAAAGUUUUCUUCAAGUAUGAGAAACGCAUAAGAACACGAAGUCCCCCUGAAAAGGUGUUCGAGUACUUUGCAUCAUACAAAAUGCCAUCAGGAGAAGCGUACAUGACAGCAGCAGACUUGAUGAGAGCAGUUGUUCCUGUAUUUCCUCCAUCUGAAGCAGGUGCUGUUAGGGGAGGAUACCUGAAAGGUGAAACCGUCACCAGCGAGCUGCAUUGCCCUCCUUCUGAAUUCUUUAUGCUGUUUGAUACCGAUAACGAUGGCCUUAUCUCAUUUGCAGAGUAUAUAUUCUUUGUUACAAUACUGAGCAUCCCAGAAACAAGCUUCUCUGUUGCAUUUAAAAUGUUCGAUCUUGAUAGCGAUGGAGGCAUAGACAAGGAGGAAUUCAAGAAGGUGAUGUCUCUGAUGCGUACUCAAAACAGACAAGGGGCGUCGCACAGAGAUGGUAAGAGGACAGGAUUCAAAGUCACAGGGCCUGUGGAGAAUGGGGGGCUUCUGCAGUAUUUCUUUGGAAAAGACGGAAACGAGCGCCUUGGACACAAUAGAUUCGUCAAGUUCUUGAGAGACUUGCACGAUGAGAUGCUGAGGUUGGAAUUUGCACAUUACGAUUUCAAGUCACAAGGAACCAUUUCUGCCAAAGAUUUCAUCUUGUCAAUGGUUGCGUCUGCCGAUAUGAGGUACAUAAACAAGUUUCUUGAUCUUGUCGACAAGCUGAACAAUGAGGAAUCACUGCGAGACCUGCGUAUUACGUUUGAAGAAUUCAAGAACUUUGCUGAGCUCCGGAAACGAUUAGAGCCGUUCUCCAUCGCCCUUUUCAGCUAUGGUAAAGUGAAUGGCCUACUGUCAAAGCCUGACUUCAAAAGAGCUGCCGAUAAAGUUUGUGGUGUCUCCCUCACCGAUAAAGUUGUUGAUUUGGUGUUCUAUAUGUUCGAUGCAAAUCGGGAUGGGAGCCUAAGCGCAGAUGAGUUCCUGAGAGUGCUAGAGAGACGAGAAACGGACAUUUUGCAGCCACGGGAGGAAGGACUAGUGGGCAUGAUAUCGUGCUGGUUGGAUUGCACAAGGAACUGUUCAUCAAAGAAGUUGCUCUAAUUGAAGUUGUGUAUGUAAAGAAACAGGCAAAAACUGUUUAUGAACUCAUAAGACUGUCCAUAAUGUAGGUAUUGCCUCUGAAUGCAGUUUAAGUCACUGGUAAUAGUUCUUUGUUAUAGACGAUAGCAAGUAUUCUGAGGUAGAUUUCGACGUUCUAUACGAUCUAUUUAAGCCGUAUAUUCUAUUUUUCAGAAAUGCGGUGAAAUACUCUAGUGAAGUUUAUAAGGCAAUGCAUAUUGUAAAUUUCAGUAUAUGAAGAUUAUCAUGUCUGGAAUAA